AUUCCCAAUAAAUUUUGAAACUUGUUCUCCCAUGGCGUUCAUUUAGCAAUGUCCUUGUUGACUACUGCACCACCAAUCGCCAUUUCAGUCCAAUCUUCUCAUCUUUCAACUUUAGAAACGCAAUGCACCAAUCUGAGAGACCUCCAAAUGGUUCACGCCCAUUUCAUCAAAACAGGUCAAUCAAAGAACUCAUCUGUCGCCAGCCGGAUCUUAUCUUUCUGCAUAACCAAACCAGAUGUAGAUAUCAACUAUGCUUAUAGAGUAUUCUCUCAAAUCGAAAACCCAAAUCUAUUCUCAUGGAAUACAAUCAUCAGGGGAUUCUCCAACAGCUCAAUCCCAAAGAUGUCUAUCCUUCUAUUUAUUGACAUGUUGGUGAAUUCAUCGGUUCAACCACAAAGACUUACUUACCCUUCACUGUUCAAAGCUUAUUCUCAACUCGGAAAGGCCCGUGAUGGAGCUCAGCUUCAUGGUAGAGUCAUCAAACAGGGUCUCCAGUUCGAUCCUUUCGUAAGGAAUACACUAUUAUGUAUGUAUUCAAGUUGUGGGUAUUUGCCAGAAGCAAGAAAAUGCUUUAACGAAGACUGUUUUAUGGACGCUGUGGCUUGGAACACCAUGCUCAUGGGUUUCGCUAAAUGUGGGAAGAUAGAUAUUGCACGCAAUUUGUUCGAUGAAAUGCCAGUGAGAAAUCAGAUUUCUUGGAACAGCAUGAUAAGCGGGUACGUUAGGAAUGGAAAGUGGGCAGAGGCUUUACUCGUUUUUAGACAAAUGCAAGACGAGAAUAUCCAACCGAAUGAGUUCACAGUCGUGAGCCUAUUGAAUGCUUCGGCUCGAUUAGGAGCACUUAAGCAAGGUGAAUGGCUUCAUGAUUACGUAAAGAGAAACCCACAAAUUGAAAUGAACACAAUCAUUGUAACUGCACUUAUCGACAUGUAUUGCAAGUGUGGCAUUGUCGAAUCUGCAUGGAUAGUGUUUGAUUCCGCACCAAGAAAAGGACUAUCAUGUUGGAAUUCAAUGAUCUUAGGCCUAGCAAAUAACGGGCAUGGAAACAAAGCCAUAGAGAUGUUCACACGCUUACAAAGAUCAAACAUUGAACCAGACAAAGUCAGUUUCAUUGGAGUCUUAACAGCUUGUAACCAUUUGGGUUCUGUUAUUAAAGCAAGAGAUUACUUCAGAUUAAUGAUUAACGAAUACAGAAUCAAACCAUCGAUAGAACACUACGGUUGUCUGGUUGACACGCUAAGCAGGGGUGGGUUAAUCAAAGAAGCUGAAGAAGUUAUAAGAAACAUGAAGGGGAUGGUGAAUCCAGAUGCGGUUAUAUGGGGUUCGUUAUUAUGGGGUUGUAAUAGGUAUGGAAAGUUGGAGUUGGGAAAGUGGGCGGCGGAGAAACUAAGGGAGGUGAAUUCAAAUGAGAGUAGCGGUUAUGUACUUAUGCAUAAUGGAAAUGCUGCAAAUGGUGAUUUUGAGAAAGGUGUAAAAGAGAGGAUGUUAAUGAAAGAGAAGAAGAUUGGUAAAGUGCCUGGAUGUAGUUCUAUUGAGAUUGAUGGUCAGAUUCAUGAAUUUGUAGCUAGUGGGAAUUGUCAUUCCAUAAUUCAGAGCAAGAACCAUGAGAUAUUUUCUUUACUCAUGUAGAUAGAUCUUAAUAAUUGUGUUAUAUAUAGUGGGAUUAUGCUGUUUAAGGAUAGAAUGAAUACAUAGCCUCAAAUUGAAAUGGUUAAACCGAAUUCAGUUCGAUUGGUUCAGCAGUUGAAAGGCCGUUGACAUGACACAAACUCAGCUAUUCUCCGAGUUGACUCACUUCUUCUUCCCUUUCAUAUUGAUUUAAGUAUCCCAAGUUUAUGACAACAUAUGUAUAUAGUAUUCUCAAUAAGUACAUUUAAUAUUUAUGUGAACCCCAUAUAUAGCUUUCAUAGUA